CUCCUGGCCUUGUUUUCAAAUAAUACGAGGCUAAUCAGCUAGUCCCCCGAUGCUCAUCCCUUGUCUCUUCACAUCUCUUUCAGAGAUCCAGCAUGGAGGUCUCAUCUGUUGAACAAGACGCUGCUUCGUGAGCAAGAUAACAGCAUAAUGGCCCAGAGAGAACGAGCCAGCAACGAGCGGAUGGAAUCCGCGUCCGAGAGUGAGGACGUCAUCGCCGUCGCGAAUCCAUCCGCUGAUGUUCCGGUGUUCAAAUGCGACUACUGUGGAAGCACUUUUGGACGCCAGGAGCAUCUCACUCGGCACAAGCGAUCGCACACCAGAGAAAAGCCUUUUACAUGCUCAGCAUGCGGCAAGAGCUUCUCUCGACUGGAUGUCCUCACUCGUCACGCUGCCUCUCAUGAUGAAGUUGCAAGCGAGUCACGGCGGCCCGUGGCAUCUUCCAGGGCCUGUCAGGCAUGCGCUGUAAGCCGUUCACGAUGCUCAAAGGAGAGCCCCUGUCGUCGCUGUACGGGUAAAGGUCUCGAGUGCAAAUACCCAGUCGCCCGCCGACGAGCUACCCGUUCAGCAUUCCGAUCUCCGGAUGAGAGUGCUGCACCAGAAGAAGGACAUGAAAGCCAUCAGGGACUCAUGGACUAUUCCGACCCUGUGCAGGUUCCACAACCUUCAGAAAUGCCUGAGAUGCCGUUCCCAACCCCGGAUCAUGCGCCAGAGAGGCGCGCAGUCGAAACGUCGUGGCCUGUUCCGCAAGUUACAGGAGGCAACGAUCAAAGCUUUCAGGUGAACAACUGCCAAGUAGAGUAUGGCAUGAAUCCCAUGGACAACUUCAUUCACAAUGAGGAGUUUCCUGAGCAAUCUGCUGGUAUUUCGGCCAUCAAUUGGCUCUCUCCCCAGUACUACGCAGAUUUUGAUUGGGGUAUCACAUCUUCUGUCAACGAGAGAGGGGCUUUUGAUGCCAACCUAGACGGCGUGCAAACCGUUAUGAAUGCCUACGAAGCCGUACGUCAAGGGCCAUGGCUGAACCUCCUCAACAGCCAGCCAGUUCAAACCCCGAACGCCGCACUUCCCCCAGCGUCGGUACAGCGGCUCUAUCCACCAGGAACGACGCCCAGGAGCAGACCGAAUGGGAGCACAACGGGAUCCGUAGAAUCGUCAUCUACGACGGCAACUUACUAUGUUGAUGGGGCUCCAUCCAGAGCCCCAUUCAAGGGUCGCCCGUCACAGAGAAGUCUGGUCUUGGACAACUCAGUGCGGCCGGAUGAUGACACUCCUACUCCCAGCACACCAGCUCCAGGCACCUCCAGGGAUGCUGAUGAAGGAACAGGACUUGAUCUCUCCGUGCAGGCCUACGAUAACCUUCUACACCACAUCAGCGUCGAGCCUUUUUUUCGGGACCGCAACGCGACACCGCUUCCAUCUCUAGCACACGCUCGCGUUUAUUUCCGAUUGUAUUUUCAACAUUUCCACCCCGCCUAUACCUUACUACAGAAAUCGGCCGACUUCUAUCAUGAGCCAACACAUUGGCUUCUUCUUUUGGCCGUCUGCGCAGUUGGCUCGGUCUACUCUCGAGGCGAGACCAACCUCCAUUUUAGAGACCUAUUUCUUCAACUCUUGGAAAGCGCUGUACGGUUUUACAUCUCAACAGGCGCUGUGGAUGAUGUGUUAGGGUCCUCGCAAGUAUCCAUGGCAAGCCCUGCGGAAGAUUCAAGAAGUCUAGUCAUUGCGCAAACGUCAAUUCUAUGGUUGAUACGGAACCUGCACAAUGGAGUUUCCGGCGAUAGCUACGAUUUGUCCUUCCUCGUAAGGCACUAUUUGAUCAAUGCCUGCCGAAAGAUGGACCUCCUUGGUAAGCGAGAGGACUUGCCACAAGUAGAGCACCAAACGGAUGGAUCAGAUGUCCUCAGGACGUGGGUGAGCAGUGAGUCGAGGCUGAGAACGGGUCUCAUGAUAUGGGUUCUCGAUGCUAUUGUAUCCUUGGAGAGAGGUCAAGAUGCAUUACUUAAGCUAGGUGAUGCAAAAGGCUACAUGCCCUGCCUUGACUCUAUCUGGGACCAGCCUACUGCUAAGAAGCUCGGACAGCACCAGUCUAAGCCAGUGACCAUAUCUGAAGCCAUGGAGAUGCUCUACAUGGAGAAAAGACUGCCGCCGAACCUGGGCGACUUUAGCACCAUGGUGCUCACAUACGCCAUCAUUCGACGUACCAAAGAGGCUUUAUACCAUAAUCAGAUUAGGCUCAACUCGUGGACACCGACGGCCGACGUCCAGAAGUGCGGUCCCGGCGACACCGUCGAGGAGACUUGGCCCCCUUCGCUACCUAUCCUAUCGAGAUGGCGGAACAGCGCCUGCGACUCUCUCGAUCUCCUCCACUGGAACGCCAAUGCUAUCAUCGCCAAAGCCGGUGGGUGGGAGCAUCCUGUCAUCUUGCAUCUACACCUCUCUCGCCUAGUUCUUCUCGCUCCAGUAGCCCACUUGCAGACCUUGGCAGCUGCUGCCUCGGCGCGAGCAUCCUCUCGUAACGUCGACAACUCCAAAGUUGAAAAAGCGAGAUCUCUUGUCGCCCGGUGGGCUUUGCGUGACCAGUAUAAGGCCAGACUGUCUGUUGUCCAUGCCGGCGCAAUGCUUUGGCACAUCCGUCGUUACAGUGUAGGCAACUUUCUCGAGUCUUUUGGCAUCUUUACCGCAACAUCGGUGGUCUGGGCGUAUAGCACGAUGAUGUUGUUCAUGAGGCGGCAUCAGAACUCAGGCUCUCAUUUAACCAGCGGCGGUUCCGGCCAACACGGUAGCCCGAUGGAAGCGGUGGCGGAAGUUGAAGAGGAUCCGGAGCCCAGCUUCCUCCACCUCGACCGGCCAUGUGACGACGAGAUGGUGCAGACUUAUGUCAGGCUAGGGCACAAGAUGGCAGGCCACAUGGCCAAGGUGGGUGACAUCUGCAAUGACGGCGCCCCUCGGAAGAUUCUCAAGGAAGGGAUACAGAUGCUCAAGGGGAGACUAGAGCAGAACGGAGACGCAGCAAGUAGAGCUGGAAGCGGAGGGAUAAGCGAGAAUGUCAGGGGGCACUCGGUCUGGGGAGUGGAACGAACAUACGCCGAUCUCCUAGACUCGCUGGUUCAGUCCACCUCGGACUAGGUUAUCCCUCCUCGAGAGCGGGCGAAGGACUCUCCACCGGAGCUGGUCAGCCCGGCACAGCCAUGGAUCGGGUGGUUAUUGUAGUGAGAAGUUAGAAAACUCCGGUGGGGGUGGAGACAUCAUGCCACAAAUGGCAAAGGCAACUACUCAAACAAGCCAUGAGAUGGCACGACGACUUCUUUGUGCCGGGAAGGCUAAUUACCACAAACUCUUUCUCCGCAUGUUACCCCGGAUCUUCGACUAACAACAUGC